GCGCGGGGCAGAUGGCGGAGGCGCUGGCGCGGGGGAUGAGCGCCGCGGGGGUUGUAGCAGCGAGCGACAUGAGCGCCAUGGAUCUCAGCCAGGAGCGACUGGCCGUGUUUGCCGAGAUGGGGGUGGCUGCUAAGACUACGUGCAAAGAGCUUGCAGCAGCCAGCGAUGUGAUCUUCAUUGCUGUGAAACCCCACACGGUGAAGGCGGUACUAUCGGAACUGAGAGACAGCGCCGCCAUCACAAGCACCCACCUGGUUGUGUCCAUUGCUGCGGGAGUGACGAUUGCGAACCUGCAGCAGUGGGCGGGUGACGAGGCGAAGAUUGUUCGAGUCAUGCCGAAUACCCCGUGCCUCGUGGGGCAAACAGCAGCAGCCAUGAGCCUGGGAGGCAAGGCGACAGCCGAAGAUGCAGCACUGGUGCGGCGCAUGUUUGAAGCAGUUGGGAAGAUACAGCAGGUGGAGGAGAAACUGCUGGAUGCGGUCACUGGGCUCAGUGGCAGCGGCCCGGCAUAUGUGUUCAUGGCGAUAGAGGCGCUGGCGGAUGGAGGGGUGGCUGCUGGCCUGCCAAGAGACGUUGCUCUCUCGCUCGCCGCUCAAACCGUGUACGGAUCUGCAAAGAUGGUAUUGGAAACGGGCAAGCACCCCGGCCAACUCAAGGACUCAGUGGCAUCUCCUGGAGGUACAACGAUUGCAGGCAUUUAUGCACUGGAGAAGGGAGGAUUCCGAGCGACGUUGAUGAACGCAGUAGUUGCAGCCACGGAAAGAAGCAAAGAGCUGUCAAAGUAG